GGGAAUCCGAAGCCGUUUCAGUGUCGCGUUGGAAUCGAGAAACUACAGUGGUGAUUUUGGAACCCCGUAACAGCAGCAGCAGCAGCAACAGGAUGAUGAGGGAAAUUUUUGCGCUUUCUCUAGUUUUGGUUUUGGCCAGCGAAUCGGCUUUCGCUACUACAGUUUUAAAAUGUGGCACCAACGAUCCGUUUCCGGACUCGAACACCGUCAAGAUAGCAAAUUGCGGUGAGCCGCCGUGUUUUCUAAAGAAGGGAACGAUCGUAUCGGUCGAGCUGAAAUUCAAGCCGACGAGAAACGUCAACACCCUGACGACUAAGGCUACGGGCGCUUUGAAUGGAGGGUUCCCGCAACCUUUCGAAAGCGUCGACGGAUCGAACGCCUGUGAUUACAUCUUCGACGUUUCGGGGUCAAAGGUCGACUGUCCGUUGACGAAGGACACCGAAUACAUUUACAAAAGAAGGUUCCCGAUCAGUAGAAAAUAUCCAGUGACAAACGUGAACGUGCAUUGGGCCCUUGUCGAAAACAACGAAGACAUUGCGUGUUUCGAGGUGCCAGCGCAAAUUAAAAAAUAGUACCUGAUAUCUAUUAAUCAUCACUCAACAUGUAAUUCGAAUUGAAUUUUUACAUCGGUUCUCUGUUAUUUUCAAACACUUCUUCCUCUCAUUUGUAACGUCGAUUUUCAUCACUCGAAUCUAAACAAAGAGAGAAGUUUGAAAAAAAAAAAAAAAAUCAAACAACUGAACAAUUAAAACCUUUACGCGUUUUUUGA